GUUUGCCUAUAAUGCUGCCAUUUUGAGCAAUUCUGUCACUCCUCAGCCCCGAGCUGCCCCUCCCCACACCUCCGUCCCUCGAGCUGGGUCCCCCGGGCUGAUGGCGUUCGGGGAGAGGCUUUCUCCUGGGCAGGCUAUCCGGGACACGCUGCCCAGAAAAAGCGACUUCAGGAUUGCCCUCACUUGGCUGCUGCCUGUCUUCUUUCCAGAAGCGGAUUCCCACUGCUGCACUCAUGUGACUCCAACAUAAAUAAGCAGCCCCAAACCCGGGAAGGGGGUUCACUGCCCUGCCGGCGAGGCGCCGGGGGCGAGGACCUGGGUUGGCGGCCGGACGGAGCCUGCUGCUCCCCGCCUGUGGGUUCUGAGCUUCAGUACCGCCGAGGGGGGCUUAAUCCAUCAUGAGCAGAGAACUCGAACGUCUCUCCUGGAAGCAGUUGUAUUUUUAGACAUCCCUCCUUUGCUUCCCCCAUCCUCCAUUCCUUAGCCACGGAAAGACCAGCAUCAGGCAGUAAAUUUCGAGCGCAGCCAACGUCGACUGCAAAGUUUGUUUUCUUUCCUUAGGAGUGCAGGAAAACCUAAGAGGUGGGGUCUGGCCCUUUGCAUCUGACUUUUGUCAGUAUUUGACGUCAAAUGGAGAUAUGGUAGAAAGGAGUUCGGCCUUCAACAGAACUGAAGAAAUUAGUAAACUAGGGAGCUGAUUACUAGCGGUUAAACUAAUUUUGAAGAUCUGUAAACGGUUGUUGAAAUCCAUUCCAGACUUUCUACCAGAGCCAAAACUGCCUUGCUGGGAAGAAAUACAAGUGGGUACCUUUCUCUCCCACGACAUCCAGCAUCCUGGUGCCCCUCCAGAAUGCCCAGCACAAUGUCGGUCCUUCUGUGGGAGAGCCACCCUGCCCAUGGAGUCUGUGUUUGUGUCUAAGAUGUCUGGUCUUUAAAGCCUUCUGCCUUGACCACAGAUCUCCAGGUUAUUAAAGAUGCUGGAGUCUGGGAUCACUUGAAACAGCAGUCUCUCUGUUACAACUAUAUAAUAAAUGUGCUUAUUGGGGGAAGGGUGAGAGAUGGACAGCAAGCUACUCUUUAUUUUUUUACAAUCUGUUUAUAUGAACUUCUAGUGUAGCUCCUUCUUCAGAGAAAAUUGACAAGGUUUCUAGAUGUAGGCUCUCUACUGACCCCUCUCACCUAGCGUGUCUCUUUACUGAAACCCAACCCAGUUCCAAGACAUACUGAUCUGCAAACAUUGUGAAGAGCUGAUUACCAUUUGCUUUCCCAUCAUGGAGAAAAGAUCCUUCCUAUAUAUUGAUAGAAUGAAGAGAGUCAAGGCCCAAAGCUUUCCACCCAAGCACCAAUAAAAGGCAACAUUCUACCCAAGUAAUUCCCCAUUUUCAAAGGACGGUUUAUUCUAAACUAUGAAUUAUCUUAUAUAGAAUAUAAGGCUUAUGAGUGAUAUCUAAAUCUUUCAGGUUUCACACAACACCCUUAAUUUUAGCAUUUCUUUUAUAUAGUAGGAAACACAACUAAUGGAACAGAAAAUAUUUUUACUCGAGGGAGUCAGCAAGACUGAACAUUUCAAAAGCUGCCAGAUAACCACAAAUACUCCUCUGUGAAUUGACCUAUCCAGACUGUAUUCCACACAACUAGAUAAACUCCAUAGGUAUAGUCUACUGAAUAUUGCCACUCUCCCAUCCUAAAAGUGACCUCUCCAGAAAAGAAUGAAGGAAACAGCUUUUACUGGGGAAAUGUCUUUCUACAAAUCAUUAUUAUUAGUAGAAUGCUCUACCUAGUUAAUUGCCUACUCAUUUGAAUACUGAGAUUCUAUUGAGUGCUCUGGCACAUUAAGGGAGGGUGAGAAAGCUAUUAUGGCACAGUGCUUUUGAUUAUUAUUAUUAAAGAUUGUAAUUUUCUCAUAUGAGAAAGAGACCUUUGUCUUGAUUCCAGAGUACUUUCUGAAUUCCCUGAUGAAAACUAGCACAUGAUACCUUUAAGGGAGUUCCUCUGAGGGAGGAGAGAAGGCCAGAAGGAAGAGCUCUGUUACAUAACCAUUACCUAAAACUAAAUAUUCCACCCCAAGAAGCUGUCCAGAUGUUGCAGAGUAGAGAUGAGAAGGCUGGGAGAGGCAUCUGCUCGCUUUUAGCUGUCGGGACAAGAAUAGAUGGGAGACAACUUUGUGAAGGGAUUUACUGUCAGGGUAUUGGAAUAUCUCUGAUGUUUCCCCAGCAAUGAACUCCAUUAAUUAUCUGAAGUAAAUAAGCCAUCUGCCUGCCAGUAUACGACCUUUGAUUUUCAUCCAGUGAAAUGAAUUCCUUUCAUCUUCAUACAGUAGUAACUUUCGUGGCUGUUUUACUGACUUUGGGCCCUAUGUUGACAGAUUCCUGGGCUGAGAGAUUUGAAACUACUCUAGGAGCUCCCUUGGGAAAUCCUCUGAUUCCAGUAGGACUAAGCGAAAGGCCCUUAUCAGGAAAGCCCUCAACCACUACUUUGAAUCCCCACAGUUAGUUUUCGCGAAUGGUGGGAACUCCACUGGCUGCCAGCCAUGAGAGUUCGACCUGGAGGAGGUGGAGGAGCAGCUAGUGGGCAGCUGGCGGCCCCCCUGCACAAGCCUCCGCCCCAGGGGCUGGCCACGACUUCGCCAUGAUCGCUACCGGGGGCCUGCUGAGGAUUUCCGCCAGAAAGCAGGAUCCUCUCCGCCCCCCAACCCAAGUCCCCAAGCGCAAGAGGAAAGCCAAGAAGAGGCGCAAAAACGACGUGGUGGUGGUGAAAGGCAAGCUAAAGCUGUGCUCCAUCUCGGGGCUCAUCGCCCUCUGCGGGAUCCUGGUGCUGCUGGUGGGCAUAGCCUUGGCAGUAGUGGGCUACUGGCCCAAGACCAGUGGGGCCAACAGGGAGGCCGGUAAGCAGAUGCCGCCUGCGGGCAGCGGCCAGCGCUUCCUGACUACCGCCAACAGCAGCAGCAGUGACAGCAAAAACCGGACGAAGAGCCACCUGGGAACUCCAGAGAGUGUCAACUCCAGUUCCGUGGGCGCGCCCAGGAGCACACCUCCCGCGCAGUCCACCGCCCCUUCCUCGUCCUCCUCCCCGUCAGUGGGUUUCUUCUUUCGCAUUUUCUCCGGCUACCUGCACUCAGACAAGCUCAAGGUCUUCGGCCCCCUCAUCAUGGGCAUCGGCAUCUUCCUCUUCAUCUGCGCCAACGCGGUGCUGCACGAGAACCGGGACAAGAAGACCAAGAUCAUCAACCUGCGAGAUCUCUACUCCACCGUCAUCGACGUGCACAGCCUCCGUGCCAAAGACCUGGCCGCUGCCGCCGCCGCUGCCGCCGCCGCCGCUGCCUCCUCCUCGUCGCCCUCGGCCCCCGCCUCGGCGCCCCCCGGGUCUGCGCCGCUCAACGGCUUUCUCACCUACGUGCAGUCUCGGGGUCUGGAGUUGAAGCCCGGGAGCUGCGGCAGCGCCGGGGACGCCUUCGGGGCGGCAGCGAUGCUGGCCAGGGGUUCGUGGCCCCAGCCCACAGCGUUGGGUCUGAGCACCGGGACGAGAGGCGCCGCCUCCCCUCCAGACUUGGCUUCGUCCCCGCGCGGGUACGCGGCUUUGCGGCGCCGCAGCACCAGCGGGCUGCCAGACUACCGGGCUCCCCGGUCCCCUGAGCCCCCGCCCUCCCCGCGUAGCGCGGACCUGGACUCCAGCUUUCUGGAGGAAACUGCUUCUCCAUCGUCCCCUCUGCGACUGGAGGACUCGCCGCUAGCCAGGCGGGACUCGCAGAGCUCGCAAUCGGAUGACCCAACCGGCAGCAAUAAGGGCUACGCCCCCCUGCGGGAAACCGGCACCUCCAUGGAGUCUGUCGAGGACACUGGAGCCAGUCAGAGGCCAGACUGUGAGGCCGCCACCGCCUUGGGAGAGGAGCGGAGCUCCCCGGAGCGUCCCAGCCAGGAGCUGCCCAAUAUCGAGCAGCCCGGACCAGUGCAGAGGCAGUUUACAAACAAGGAGAAACUCUUCAUGAUUUCUAGGUCUCAUGCCACGGGGUCAGAAGACGGAGAACUGGAAAGCACUGGCGUUUAGGAGGAAAAGGAGAAAUGGGAGAGUGAUCCACUUGAAUCAGUGCAUUCAACAGUUCCCUAUUUCCUAGUGGACUGACCCGAGAAAAUCAUUCAAAAUCCAAAGAGCUGCAGAAUGUUAUCCUUGAAUUGCAUUCACAAGAUUCCUGUAGAUAACUCCAAGCAAUUUUUUUUUAAAAGAGCAAAAUAGUCUUUUUAUGUCCGAUGGUGAUUGUAUGUUCCAUGAAAACCAAAUGUAUUAAAAGGUCAGCAAAAUUUUAUUCACUAGAUAAAAUUCUCCGAAUUUUCUUAGGAUGAAUAUAAUAUAUUUUUGACAGUAACUGUGCACUUUACCCCAACUUUUUUUUUUAUCCCUAAUUUCCUUAAUCCCUGUACCCACUCUGCCUCUGGCUUUGUCCAUAGCUGCUUGUGAACGACAAGCUUUUUUCCUCCUCCCUUUGUGGAGCACAGAAGGGUUUAUCUCAGUUCUCUUAGAAUUGAUCUUACUAAAUGAUCUCAAAGCCAAAAGCCUAAGUCAAGAAAGAGCUCUUUGCUUGUCGCAUCCUACAUACUCAUCCAACUGUCCAAGGUCUCUAUUUUUUUAAAGGGUUUGUGCAUUUUGCUACUAAGGUAGGUUGUGGAGAUGGGAGGGAGCCAGGAAGUAGAGGGACUGUUACAUUCUUAAAUUCACAGUGUCAAAGUACACCAUGCUUUAUUGAGUAUUACCACAGCUGUAUUGAAAAUUCCAUUAAUAUUUAAAAAUCUUUUUUAAUAAAAAAAGCUUCCAAAAAG